GAUUGCAUUUGAAUUAAAGAUCAAGAGAACCAACAAAUCAAUCGAAACUGGAUCAUAUUCUGCUUAAUUUGCUCGAGAUCAGCUGAUAGAAAGCCCAACGAAGAAGAAGACUGACCAGAUUGGGAUUGAAUCAUCAAUCAGAACUGCAAAAUUAGGGCACCAAAGAUCGAUUUGAUUUGCUUGAAAACCGAUCGAUUGAUCCAUCCAUCGUUCGAUUAGAUGGAAGAAUUGAAAGGUUUGAGCAUCAAUUAGGUUGGGAAAUGGAUCUGUGCAGUCAAAUUGAACAAAUUUUGAGUGGAAAUUAGGGAUGGAACCCCCAAGUGGUUUUUGGGCAUCUCUAUGGCAUUUCAUACUGUUCUUGCCCUUUUUCAUCGGUCUUCUAAUCCUUGGCUUCAUUAAAGGUAUCAUAAUGUUGCCAGUAAUUUUUAUCAUAAUGUCGGUUGGAAUUUCAGUGAUAAUUCUUGGUCUUUGGCCUGUUCACUGUUACUACACUUAUUAUUGCAUUUGGAGAACAGAGCAGUUUGGUCCUUCCCUGAAGAUGAUACUCUGUAUUUUUGUUCUUCCUGUCAUCUUGUUAUUGUGGCCGCUUGUCGGAAUUGCUGCUGGACUUCUAGCCGGAGCGGCCUACGGCUUGCUAGCACCGAUGUUCGCAACUUUUCAGGCUGUUGAGGAAGGGAAGAUCGACAAAUUCCAUCACUGUAUUUGUGAUGGAAUUUGGAGUUCUUUGCAAGGGAGUUUCACCAUAGUUAGGGACUUCUUAGAUGUUUGUUACUAUUCUUAUUUCUCAAUCAUGACUGAUCUGCAGAAUCAAGGGCCUCAAGAGGGAAAAUAUUAUGAGAUUAGGUUGGUGUAUGUUCCAUUAGCUUUAGUUGCAGGAAUAUGUGGUGCAGUGAUUGAUCUUGUGGUGAUUUCCUCCAUUGCUGUCUGCAAGAGUCCUUAUAUGCUGGUUAAGGGCUGGCAUCGAUUGUUCCACGACUGUAUCGGUCGGGAAGGCCCUUUUUUGGAGACGAUCUGCGUCCCAUUUGCCGGGCUCGCGAUUUUACUUUGGCCAUUAUCUGUUAUAGCCGCUGUGUUGGGGUCUGUGGUUUCCAGCAUCUUCUUGGGGGGUUAUGCAGCAGCUGUUGUGUAUCAGGAGGGAUCUUUCUGGUUUGGCCUCUGCUAUGUUGUUGCUUCGUUGUCGAUUUACGAUGAUUACAGCAACGAUAUUCUCGGCAUGCCCGAAGGAUCCUGCUUUCCGAGACCGCGUUAUAGGAAGAGUUCAUUCCAAGCUUCGUCUUUGUCGAAGCAAAACUCUUCGAAGAAUGCAUCGUCGUGUAGAAGUCCGAUUAACGCUUCGAUACUCGAGUUGAAGCCGAUGGAGUUGUCCGAAGCCUUGUUCGACGAAUGCCAGCGGCGGGGCGAAAUUCUGGCAUCGAAGGGUAUAAUAACGGUAGCGGAUGUCGAAGAUGCGAAGAAUAAUAACAAAGAUGCCAGCAGAGCGAUCGCGAUUGGAUUACCGGCGUAUUGUAUUUUCCAAGCGCUACUGCGUUCGACUAAGGCGAAUUCGACAGGCAUCUUGCUAAGUGACGGCGUAACCGAAAUAACUUCCUCGAAUAGGCCGAGGGAUAAGUUCUUCGACUUGUUCCUCACUCCGCUUCUGAUCGUUAAGGAGCAGAUGAGAGCAGACGAUCUUUCGGAGGCGGAGGAGGAGUAUCUUGGCGGGUUGAUUUUGACGGGUGGCGAUACAGCAAGAUUGGAGAAUUCGAGCGCGCGAUCGGGUCCUGAAUCCGAGCUUAGACGAGCAGAACUCGAUGCAUUAGCUCGAAGACUUCAAGGAAUAACAAAGUCUAUAUCGAGAUUCCCGACAUUCAGACGCCGUUUCGAGAGCAGCAUAUCGAACAUUCUCGAAGAGUUAGCUAAGAAGAGAGAUUUGAGCAUCGACUCUAGCAGCAAUGGCUCGGAAACUGUUCUGAGAUCACGAGGUUUGUUCGAAAAAAUUGUUACCACGAGCUUUCCCGAUCGAGAGGCUGAAAGAGACGUCGAAAUCGGACAAACAGGCAGAAGUUGAGACGCCAAGAAUCGACAAUCGACUCCGGCAUCAAGUGCAAGAGAGCCCAUAGAAGUGAGUGAGGCCAAUACGGCGUGCAGCGAGGCUCGUAUCCGAUCCAACGGACAGCGGCGCGAGCGUAGCCAUCCGUCG